AUGGCAGUGAACGUACACUCGACGUCAGUCACCAGCGAUAACCUAAGUCGACAUGACAUGCUGGCCUGGGUCAACGAGUCUCUGCAGCUGAAUCUGACAAAGAUCGAGCAGCUGUGCUCAGGGGCUGCCUACUGUCAGCUGAUGGACACGCUGUUCCCUGGCUCCACUGCCUUGAAGAAAGUGAAAUUCCAAGCCAAGCUGGAACACGAAUACAUCCAGAACUUCAAAAUACUACAAGCAGCUUUUAAUAAGAUGGGUGUUGACAAAAUAAUUCCUGUAGAUAAAUUGGUAAAGGGAAAGUUUCAGGACAAUUUUGAAUUCGUUCAGUGGUUCAAGAAGUUUUUUAAUGCAAACCAUGAUGGAAAAGACUACGAGCCCGUGGCUGCCAGACAAGGUCAGGAAACUGCAGUGGCUCCCUCCCUUGUUGCUCCAGCUCUGAGUAAACCAAAGAAAACUCUCAGCAAUGGCACUGCAGCUCCACAGAGACCUAUUUCGACACAGAGAACUACUGCAGUGUCUAAGGUUUCUAAGUCUGGCCCCGGGGUGGUGCAGCAGAACCCUGGUGUGGGCAACAGGGAGGACGAAGCCGCCGAAUUGUUGCAACAGGUCAACGUAUUGAAACUCACCGUCCAAGACUUGGAGAAAGAGAGAGAUUUCUACUGCGGAAAGCUAAGGAACAUUGAACUGAUUUGCCAGGAGAACGAGGGGGAUAAUGACCCUGUAUUGCAGGGCAUUGUAGACGUUCUUUAUGCCACAGACGAAGGCUUUGUGAUACCUGAUGAAGGGGGCCCACAGGAGGAACAAGAAGAGUAUUAACAGCCUGGAGCAGCAGAGCAACAUCCGAAUU